AUGCAAAUGGAGAUCAUAUACCUCGGCGUACCUAUUGUGUCCAUGUCCAUUGUGCUUUUUACUAGGUGCAGCCGCAAGGCGAACGAGCCACCGGGGCCGUGGCAGCUGCCUGUGAUCGGCAGCCUGCACCACCUCGCCCUCUCCGGGAAGCUCCCCCACCUCGCGAUGUGUGAGUUAGCGCGGCGCCACGGGCCGGUGAUGCUCCUCCGGCUCGGCGAGGUGCCCACGCUGGUGGUGUCGUCCCGGGAGGGUGCACGCGAGCUGAUGAAGACCCACGACUUGGCGUUCGCGACGCGGCCCCUGAACGCCACCAUGCGGGUGCUCACCGAUGGCGGCCGGGACAUCGUGUUCGCGCCGUACGGUGAGUACUGGCGCCAGCUCAGGAAGAUUGCCGUCUCGGAGCUGCUUUCGGCGCCACGCAUCCUAUCUUUCCGUGUCGUCCGUGAGGAGGAGGUCGCCUCCAUGCUCCGCGAUAUCGCCCAGGCCGCGGCGGCCGCGCGUCCCGUGGAAAUGCGCGCGCUCAUAUCUUCACUCGUCACCGAUAUCACAGCCCGCACAGUCAUGGCUGAACGCCAGUUCAAGCAGCGUGUUGUGUUCCUCGGCGCGCUCGACCACUCCGCGAAGCUCGCAGCGGGGUUCAACCCACCGGAUCUGUGGCCAUCGUCCCGGCUUAUUGGCUUUCUCAGCAGGUCCCUCCGCCGUGCUAAGGAGUGCUGUGAUACCGGAAACGAUGUUUUCGAUGCCAUCAUCCGCGGGAGGACCAUGGCAGGCCAGAAGGAGCACAACUUGCUCGAUGGUCUUCUAAGCAUGCAGAAAGAGGGCAGGAUCGACAUGGACGCCGUUAGAUCAGUCGUCUUGGAAGUAUUCAGCGUUGGCAAUGACACGACAGCGACGACGUUGGAGUGGGCGAUCACAGAGCUGGUCAGGAACCCUGAAGUGAUGGAGAAGGCGACAACCGAGGUCAGGCAAGCCUUCGAGGCCCGCGGCACCGUGGCAGAGCAUGCCCUCGGCAAGCUCCCCUACAUGCACCUCGUUAUCCGGGAGACGUUGCGGCUGCACACGCCCGUGCCGCUGCUCCUCCCGCGGCAGUGCCAAGAGCCAUGUCAGGUGCUCGGUUACGACGUGCCGCGGGGCACACAGGUGCUAGUGAAUGUCUGGGCACUGGCCCAUGACGAGCGCUACUGGCCCGACGCGCCCGACGAGUUUUGGCCCGAGCGAUUCGAGGACGAGGCGGCCACGGUGGACUUCAAGGGCACCGACUUCUCCUUCCUGCCGUUUGGCGCCGGCCGGAGGAUGUGCCCGGGGAUAGGGUUUGGCCUCGCCAACAUCGAGCUCGCCCUCGCAAGCCUGCUAUUCCACUUUGACUGGGAGGGUCCACCACUGGAUGAGAUUGACAUGGCCGAGGAGUUUGGUCUAACGGUGCGGCGGAAGGCCGACCUCCUGCUGCGCCCUGUCCUUCGGGUGCCCGUCCCCAUAGUCUUGUCAGAAGGCAACCAUGAUUGUUAG